AUGGCAGAAACUGAAACAUCCACGUCUAAAGAGGAGGAUCACACUUCCAAGGAUGAAAAUAAAUUCAACGAUUCAAAUGACGUAGUCACUCCAUGGAACGUCACCAGCAUUUCGUCUGAAGGCGUUGAUUAUAAUAAACUUAUAGAUCAUUUUGGCAGUGAAAAGAUUAAACCAGAAUUAUUGGAAAGAGUUGAAAAACUGACUGGAAAACCACCACAUCGUUUCCUAAGAAGAGGAAUAUUCUUUUCCCACAGAGAUAUGAAUUCGAUAUUGAACGAUUUUGAAAACAAGAAACCGUUUUUUCUAUACACUGGUAGAGGUCCGUCAUCAGAAGCAAUGCAUCUUGGUCAUCUGAUACCAUUUAUAUUUACAAAGUACCUGCAAGAUGCAUUUGAUGUGCCAUUAGUGAUCCAGUUAACUGAUGAUGAGAAAUUUUUAUGGAAAGAUCUAACAGUGGAGAAGGCAAACGAGUUUGCCUACGAGAAUGCUAAAGACAUCAUAGCGUUAGGAUUUGACGUCAAUAAAACAUUUAUAUUCUCUGAUAUUGACUAUAUCGGUUCAUCAACAGCAUUUUAUCAAAACAUGAUUAAAAUACAGAAGUGUGUAACGUUCAACCAAGUGAAGGGCAUAUUUGGGUUUAAUGACAGUGAUUCUAUAGGGAAGAUCAGUUUCCCAGCCAUUCAAGCAGCACCUUCGUUCAGUAACUCUUUCCCGGAUAUAUUCGGAAGUCGUAGUGAUAUACACUGUCUUAUACCUUGUGCUAUAGACCAGGAUCCAUAUUUUCGUAUGACACGAGAUGUAGCUCCCAGACUAGGUUACCCCAAACCAGCAUUGUUGCAUUCACAGUUCUUUCCUGCAUUACAAGGUGCACAGACUAAGAUGAGUGCCAGUGAUCCAAACUCUUCGAUCUUUCUCACAGAUGAAGCUGAAGACAUUGAAACAAAGAUUAACAAGUAUGCAUACUCUGGUGGCGGUAUUACGGUGGAAGAACAUAGGAAGAAAGGGGGAAAUUGUGAUGUGGACAUCCCAUUUCAGUAUCUGAAAUUUUUCUUUGAAGACGAUCAAAAACUGGAUGAGAUCAAAGAAAGUUACAAUAGUGGUAAACUGCUUACUGGUGAGCUGAAGAAAAUAUUAAUAGAUAUCUUGAAACCCAUGGUUAGAUCUCACAGAGAGCGCAGAGCUGCAAUCACUGAAAAAGAGGUUAAACAGUUCAUGACACCAAGAAAGUUAGCUUUUGACUAUUAAAUAUUAUCGCAACAAAUAACUUCAACUUCUGUGUCAUUAGGUAAAUAAUCGAAAUACGCCUGACAUUUUUAUAAAAUGAUGUUGCAUAACAUUCAUUUUGUUUGAUAUUCACUUGAUGUUGUACAUUUAUACUUAACACUUCACGUUCGCUUCCAUUUAUACAACC